CGAUCAAUGUUUGUUUCUAGCUAACCAUUGAGCGUGAAACAUGUCCAUGUUGCUCUUUUUGCUGCUGGUUUGGCAAGUCUUGCCACCGGGAUGUGUUUGGGCUCAAAAGCGCCUGAACAUGACAGUUCUGUACGAGUCUCUUUGUAUGGAUUCUGUAGAUUAUCUGACAAGUUUUCUACCUAUUUUCAAAGAGUUAAAUGGCUACAUCAACCUGAACUUAGUUCCCUACGGCAAAGCUUCGGAAGGAGGAAAAUUUUGCCAACAUGGUCCUAGAGAAUGUAAGGGAAAUAGUAUUCAGGAUUGUGCUCUUCAUACCAGCAUGUCCCAAUUGGAAAAACUGAUCUACGUUACGUGUCAGAUGACAAACGACAAAUUUGUGACUGAGAUAGAUACAAAUUGCAUAAAUUCUUCGGAUACCAAGCAGUCGAUUACAGAAUGUAUGGGUAAAUAUGGGAACCGAAAGAUAUAUCAGAGACAGUCCGGCAGAAUCACUAGCAUGUACGAGUUCAGUCAAAUUCCGGCCAUAAUAUACAAUGACCGAUUCAAUGAAAGUCUUCAAGAUGAGGCCACUGAGGAGGUCAAAAAGAGUAUCUGCAUUGCGAUAAUAGAAACUGGAAUGGAAGAGCCAACUUACUGUUCGAACGGAACGCCAUAAAUUAAAUUUGCACGGUGGCCGUGAAAUAUUGUUAUUAUUUCUGUACAAUUAAACAUGAGCUCUUUA